CCCUGAGUGUUGGGACAAGCCGGCCAAAUAAAACGAGUUGGCCUGUGGUCGCCACCAGAAUGGUCGCCAGUAGUAGAGUGUUCACGUUGCUGUCGUCUCGCCGUGCUAGUCUGCUGUCGUUCUGCGGUCAGUUGAGUGGUCUGUGGUCAAGCCAGAGCUCUGCCACGUACGGUAUAAUACACCAUGAACGCUGUAAUUCUGGCGACCGUUUUGGUGGCGACCACCGGCCAACUCGUUCACGGAGCGUGCCCCGAGGCGCCGGCGGGCGAAAAUCCAUGGCGCCAGACGGGGUGCAGAUGUUACAUGGCCGUCAACCGACUGAAGAACUGGUACGACGCUAGUAACGAUUGCACGGCCAUGGGCGGUCAACUAGCUACCUUGGGGGAAGGUCAGAAGAGUGACCUGCGCGAUGUCAUCUCCAACGACAUGGACUUCAACACAUGCAGCAGCGUGUUGUGGCUUGGAUUCACCGAGAAAGACCGAGACGACACCGAAUACUUCUCCCUGGACGGAACGACCGGUCUGUACAACUGGCUGACCAACGAGCCGAAGAAUACUCCCAACGAGUACGACUGCGCCAGCGUGCAUUUCGGCGGCGGCUGGCUCAGCUACCCGUGCCUCACCACACACUGCUACGCUUGUGAAACUGGCAGCAUCUAAGGAACAAAAUCACUUCCAAGAACGACAAAAGCGGAGUACUGACAACCUCGACUUUGAAAACCUUUACCAUGUUGAUCAUAUUUCUUCAGUGAUUCAAACUUUUAGUUGUUUAGUUGGGCCUCUAAAGAGGGCCUCGCUAAGGCUGAACUAUCAGGCUAAAUGUGUUUAUUCUCUAUGAAUCGAUAAUUCAGGUAAAUCCAAUCAGUAAGCAGUUUUGCAGCAGUUUUAUUUAUUUUCCUAUUUUUA